ACUCUCUUUUGCUUGCCUUCCUCUGCGCCCCUGGCCGCCCGUCUAGAAUAGCAGGCCAAGGUGGCGGCUGCAGACCUGGCUGUGAAAUCUCACCUCGCUGGUGAACACCAGCCUGCUCCAGCACCUGCAGGCUGUGCCACUUCCACUGGGGGCCUUCACCCCUCUGGGCCUCCGAGUCUCACCUGCCAGUCAGGGAGGAAGCCUGAGGAUUCAGCGAGAUGGUUUAUGCAGUGUCGGCAGUUGGUACGGCUGAGCGGUGGUGGCCGUCGGGAGUUUGGGCCCUUGCAGUCCUGCUUUGUCAUUAUCUGCUUGCCAGACCGGCCUCCACCGUGUGGGAGGACCCCAGGGUGGGGCCGCAUGCCGCACUUCCUUCUGUUGUCAGCUCCCGGCAGCGCUGGGCCUACAGACCUUGAACGCAUGGUGUUAGCCUCGCCGGAGGAGAGUGAAGUGUCAAAUGAUGGGUCGGCCUAGAUGCCUUCCAGCCCUGAAAUUCUAUGAUCAGGAAAUUACCCAGGAAAAAGCUCCCCUCGCCGGGUCCUUUCUAAGGUUUCUCCGUGGGACUUUAUUACACACUGCAGAUGAAGAAACGGAGGCUCAGAGAGGUUAAGGCACACCCCGAGGUCACACAGCAGAUGACAGACAGCCCCCCGUGCCUGCCUCCAGCCCACUGCCUGACCGCCACCUCUUGGGAGCCAGCGUGGGCAGGGAGUUCUAAUUAAGGACCAUCACACGCCAUCCUUUCCGAGGGACAGUGACAAAAACAGCCUCCUUCCGUCCUGCACUGCGAACCUCCCUUCCGGGUCCUCGCCCCCGAGGGACCCGACACCGUCACCAAGAUUAAUUACUUACUCCUCAACCCCUUUGGACGGGGAAGGGAACCACUGGUGUUGAGCUUGAUGAACGGUGCAUCAGGAGACAGGACCGGCGGUCUGAGGUUUGCUGGCCCAGCAGGUGGCUUUGUUUCCGGAAGAGACCAGUUUCGUGCAAGAAGAGUCAUCCCACCCUGAAUGGUCCACGUAGCCUUUGGGUGUCACGGGGUGAAGUCCGGUGCACCGGGGUGGCCGUCAGCAAGACGAAGGGAAGUCGGCCGGAGCAGGGCUUGAGGCCCCCCCCCCGGGAGUUCUCACGUGGCCUUGGGGUCGAGCCCCCAUCUCUGGGGUUUUUCUUCUAGGUCCCUCCUCAGUUAGGCGCGAUUUCCUCCCACCCAUCCCUGGGAGCCCUCCUCAGGACAGCAGACAUGGCGGCCAUAAGGAGAAGGACCCUCAAAGUGCUCACCCUCCUGGUCCUCUUCAUCUUCCUCACCUCCUUCCUCCUGAAUUACUCCCACAUCGCGGUGACCACCACCUGGUUCCCCAAGCAGAUCGUCAUCGAGCUCUCGGAGAACUUCAAGAAGCUGAUGACCUACUCGCACAGGCCCUGCACCUGCGCCCGCUGCCUCAGCCAGCGCGGGGUCUCGCCCUGGUUCGACGAGCGCUUCAACUGGUCCGUGCAGCCGCUGCUGACGGCGCAGAACGCGCUCUUGGAGGACAGCACCUACAGCUGGUGGCUGAAGCUCCAGCGGGAGAAGCGCCCCAGUGACUUGAACGACACCCUCAAGAUGCUUUUCCGAGUGGUGCCGGGGAACGUGGACCCCCUGCUGGAGAAGAAGUCGCAGGGCUGCCGGCGCUGCGCCGUCGUGGGCAACUCGGGCAACCUGCGGGGGUCCGAGUACGGGUCCCAGAUAGACGGUCACGACUUCGUGCUGAGGAUGAACAAGGCCCCCACCGCGGGGUUUGAAGUCGACGUGGGGAGCAAGACCACCCACCACCUCAUGUACCCUGAGAGCUUCAGGGAGCUGGCCCACAACGUCAGCAUGGUUCUGGUCCCCUUCAAGAUCCUCGACCUGGAGUGGGUGGUCAGUGCCACCACCACGGGCACCAUCUCCCACACCUACGUGCCUGUCCCCGCGAAGAUCAAAGUGAAGAAGGACCAGAUCCUGAUAUACCACCCGGCCUUCAUCAAGUACGUCUUCGACAGCUGGCUGCAGGGCCACGGGCGGUACCCGUCCACCGGCAUCCUCUCCGUCAUCUUCUCCCUGCACGUCUGCGACGAGGUGGACUUGUACGGCUUCGGGGCAGACAGCAAAGGCAACUGGCACCACUACUGGGAGAACAACCCGUCGGCGGGGGCCUUCCGCAAGACCGGGGUGCACGACGGGGACUUCGAGUCCGUCGUCACGGCCACCUUGGCGUCCAUCGACAAGAUCCGGAUCUUCAAGGGGAGAUGACCCCGGGCAGGGAAGGGUCACGGACGGGCACACCAGAGCGCGCCUCCCUCGCCAGCCCCGGCUUCUGGCCGGAGCUGUUCCGUUCUGCUCAGCACCUGCGCGGCAGGGUCGCCGAGCACUGCCGGGGCUGCCGAGCCCGUCUCCCAGCCAGCCCGGGCGAGGAGACCCCUCGCUGCUUCGGAAGGUGGGCGAGUCCGUCUCCUGGAGACUGCUGUGUUUGAAAGGGCAGGACUGUUUCCCAGGGGGCAUGGGCAGAGACCUUCCUCGGCCCGGGGGGCCUGGGCUGACUCCCCCGGACUCCGGUUCUCGCUGGGAUGUUUCCGAGUGAGUGAGGACGGCUUCCGGCACACGGCCGCCUGGGCCACAUCACCACUGGGGGCCGGAUGACACCUUACUGGCGGAUGCCGGGCCUCCCCCUCCCUGGGGGGGACGGCCCUGCGUGCCCGCCCCGCAGGCCUGCGUCGUGGCGAGCCACCUGUGACCCCAGCGGGCGCCCUCUCCCCAAGCCGGUGCUCUCCCGGGCGACCCGUCUGUCGUUAAAGCUGUGGCUGAGAGCAGAUGUGGCUGCCCCCAUGUGCCUUUGUCUUUGGGGAGACUGUGCGUGCGGUGGCUGAAACGAGGCAAGCGCCCCGACUCGGGGAAGGGGACCCCUGGCCACCGCCCCCGUGGCUCUUAGCUGGGGACAUCGUCUCAUUUCCUGAGUCCGCCCCCGAAUGGGUCCAAUGCUCAGAAGCCGUGGGACAUCCUUCCCUUUUCCACAGACUGCUGGACCAGGGGCCGUCACCUCGAAGCCCAUGGAGAGGGUCUUCCCCCACCUGCGUGUCCCCCGAGGGCCCAUGCUCUGGGCCGGGUCCCUGCCGGCCCGCCGCGUGGUGCCCCCAGGGGUGGGGGAGCCCCUAGGAAUGCGACCGUCAGAGUGGGGGGGGGAGUCAUACCUCAUUCUCACUCUCUUCCUCGUCAGCCUUCCUGAUUAUUUAUUGAUUUUGUUGUUGUUGUUGUAUUCAGCUGACAUCACGUGCACUUUCUGACUUUGUCGCUGGUCCUGGGGUUUCAAUGACGCUUCCUCCUGCUCCACGCAGCAGCCGGGCAGUGGGGGGCUUACUGUGUGCUCUGUGGGGAUCCUCAGACUCGGGUGUAUUGGGGUGCCUGGAGUGGGGGGUCCUUGGGGCAGGUCCGUGGGUUUGUGGAGUGCCCUGUGCCUCCUUCUCUCCCGGCCCCGCCUUUUCUUUUCUCUUGGGGAUCUCGGGUCCAGCCUCGGGCCAGGGCCCUCCAGAACCCUCGGGACCGGUGAGGAGUGGAGUCCUCCCAGGCACGGGGGGGCAGUGAUGGGGGCUCCGGUUACUGACAUUUCAUAGAAAAACCAUUUUUUCUCCCGUUGAGGGCAUUUCCCCAAAGGCCACCGCUGCUCCGAGGAGGUGUGACGGGGCCCUCCGUAGUGGUGUGCGCAGGAGGCCCGUCUCGGAGCCAAAGGGCCUACCACCUCUGCUCCCCGUGGCGCCCCGGCCAGCCCUGCUCUCCUGGCCUCGGUGUCUCCUCUGCCGGUGAGGGGAGAGGAGCUGUGGGAGCUCAGGGGCCACCGCCGGCACCAGGCAACUCGAGGGAGUCCCCAGAAAUGGCGUGCCACAUUUUUUUUUCUGAGUCCGUAUGUGUGAGCAUUUUCCUGGGGGAAGGUUUUAUAGCUUGUAUUAGAUUCUUAAAGAUUCACAAUCCAGAAAGUGUUUUUUUAGAAACAAACAAGCAAGAAAACCUCUCCCAGCUGUAAAGUCCUCCUACACGUAAGACUCUCUGGACGGACACGGGCUCAGAGAUCGCUGUGAGGAUGGCUGUCCCAGGGCAGGCCCACGGCGGAACUUGACACCAGACGUGAGGAACUCGGCCAGCGGCGGGUGGCUGGCCGACCCGUCCCAGGGACAGACCUUGGGGAAGACGGCCACGGGGACGGGGGGCAGUGUGACCGGCUCCUGAGCCCCUCUCCCCUUCUCCUGCAAGCCGAGCCUGUCCAGCAUGGCACGUCCAGGACAAGGAGCCUGCUUCCUUGGGCUGUGCAGCCAGAGCGGGCCCCCCAAGGGAGGACGUGCCCCCAGCCGAGCUGCUCGGGUCUGCCGCCUGCUCCCUGCCCUGUCUCCCUCCUUCCCGCCAGGCUGCUCCAGCCCUGGGGUUUCUCCCAGCCCCAGGCAUCUGGCUCUCCCAUUUCACAGAUGAGAACAGCAAGGCCCAGGGAGGGACACGACUUGCAGAAGUGAGCUGAUGGUGACCAAUAGCACAACAGGAACAUUUUGAGCAAAAAACAGGGCACCACUGACUCCACGUUUAAAACAUCCGGGGGUGGGCUUCCCCUGCGAGGUUCAUCCCGCAUCUCAAGGCACCAUCCCUGGGGGCAGGCUGCUGGCUGCCCAGCCUCUGGCCGCCGGCUGCCUCCUCGGGCUGCAGGGGGGCUCCGGGGGGCUGUAGUCCCUGCCUCCUCAACGCCAUCUGCCCCGGGGAGGGGACAGCUGUGUGCUCCCGUAGCCCCAGCCAUGACACCGCCUUGUGUCCUACUCCCUUAGCCAAGGGGACUGACGAAACCAACGCCAGUCAGUGGCCAGGAUUACAAGUCAAUGCAUGGGUCGGCUUAAAGCAGUGGGACCCACACUGUGGGUAGGACCGGCUGAGGGUCGGACCCGAGUGCUUCUCGCAAGGUGUUCGGUGGCGCCGUGGGCAGCAGCACACGGUGCAGCCACUUGGGGAGCUUUCUGGCAGGCCCACCGCCUCCCCACAGUUGGGCUGCCUGGGGCCCAGGGCACAUCCAUCAUCCACCCUGCGGUGGGCAGAGAGCUCCUUGGAGACCAGCCGAGGGCCCAGACAGGGAGCAGAGGUGCCCCUGCCUGCAGCAAGCAGCGCUGAGCCUGAAGCUGUAAGGAGGGAGGCUCAUGAACCAGAGAGAGCCCAGCAGCACCCCAGCCUUCAGCCCUGCCCCCCGCCCCUCCCUCCCACCCCCCAGAGGGCCAGGAGCAGGAGACACCUGUGCGCUCCUCUCCCACCUGCUGAGGGCGAGAGGAGGCAGGUGUGUAGCCUCUGGCUCCCAGUGUGACCCGGGGCAGAGCAGAAAGUGCUUACACUGAUGCUGUGGACACCCUUGGCUAUUGCCCAGCAAGCCACGUGGACUGGGGUUGGCGGGAGAAACCAGUCGAAAGGAAACAUAUGCAGUAGGCAAGCCAGGCACAGUGGGGAGGGCGGGUGCCGAGGCUCGGUGGCGUCUGGGUCUCCGCUGCGGCCGACGGGGCAGCGAGAGGCGGGCCCUGCCCCGACACGCACUGGGCCUCUGGGUCGAAGGUGGAAUCCAUUCAGACUAUUGGGACUGCUGUUUGCUUUAUCUGUGCUCCUCCAGGCAGCCCAAACCCAGAGAAAAUGAAACUCAGGAAAGAGUCGCCUACCCUCUCCGAGCCAUCCCUGCCUCGCCCGUCAUGCAUGGUCCCUGGCCUGGUUGUCCAGGAACCCCAAGGCCCGAGUGGCCGCUGUCUAGUGUAAGGUGGCUGGACGCUGGCCGUGUGCCAUCCAGACUCAGCUGUCCUCUCCCUCGGACAUCUGGGCUGCAGCCACCGGGCCACAGGUGGCCAGCCCGCUGGUCCCCCUCCCCUGGCGCCCGGGCUGGCCAGCGUUGAGGUGGAGUCAGCUUCCCUCCUCUCGUUCGUCCUGGACACCAGCUCGUGACCCAGGGGUGCUGCGUGACACCUCCGAGCGAGGAAAAGAAGGGGGCUCUCGGGGAGCAGCGGCGAGGGGCAGAGCCCGUCUUCCCCGCAGCAGGCAUUGGCACUUUCUUUCUCGGCGAAGACCGCUGUGCUUCCUCCAGGCAGCCCUCCUGACGUCCCUCGGGCCUCGUGGCGUCUGGGGUCGGCCACAGUAGUACGGAUCUGCCGUCUGUGGCCCAGGGGCCCAGCCCCGAGCCGGACGCCAGCUGAAACCCCGCCCCGGGCCAGGAAUCCCCGCCCCGCAGGGUGAGCCCGGUGCCCGACCACGUUAGCAUGUCCCGAUUUCACGUCAAAGCCAAAGUCUCCCGAGCACUUUUUCUUUUGGGCGAUCUCGUUUGCUUGGUUGUUGGUGUUCCUUGGUUUUUCCCUCCCCUUCCCGCCCCCCCCCCCCGGCCUCGCCCUCGUGUUCGGGCAGCCGAGCGUUCGCGAGAGUCGCCUCCCUGGGCCUCUGCUGUGUUUUAUUUAUUGUUGAACGCAUUUCCAAUGAUCUGAAUCAAAGUGGAUUAAAAAAAAGAGCUAUUUUA